UUAUGGAACACCAAACUUUAUUAUGCAUAGUGAAGCCACCAUUUGCAUCUACAAAUUGAUAACAGUCCGUUAAAUAAGACCUGAGCCAAGGAAGGGCUGUUUCCCUAAUUCCAACAACUUUUUCUAGUCUAUCUAUUAUGAUAAUUAUGAUAAAUGAUAUCAAAAGCUGCAUUAAGGUCAAGCAACACAAACAGGUAGGUAGGUAAUUUACUACUUUAACCAGCACUGUCUUAGUACUGUAAUGAAACCCUGAAUGAUAGAUUUCAUGAAUGUUAUUGCCAUGUAAGUAUAAGCCUAACUGCUGUGCUAUGUCACCGUGCUGCAUUGGGAUAGGGCUAGAGCAUAUUACAUCAUCAUCCAUUGUCUUUGCUAAUUUACAUACAUCUUAGUAACUUCUGAUUGAUGAAGCUGCAUAUCCUUAGCUCCUCCGAACUUCAAAAAUAGCUCUUUACUUGCCUAAGACCCUGUGUCCAGAAGGAGUGGAGGCUAAGCUCUGGAUUUCUGCCCCUGUAAUAUAUAACAGACGGCUUUUAGCAAUCAACCAUUGAAUGUGAGCAAUUGUAUAUGAUGAAGGCUGAUUUAGUCUCUAGGCUACUGGGUUAACUUGUUUUAAACUUUUGAUAGGACCAAUGAAUCCAGUCUCAAUUUUAGGUCUCAGUUGAAUGGCUAGACCAUUUGUCUGGGACAUAAGUGAGGCAAUAAAAAGGUUAUCUUAUUUGUAGGUGAGGUCUGUGGCACGGCAUUGCUCAGAUCUUAUAUUGUAUUAUAGCUAUUUGUGAGUCCAAUGGGUAAGAAGGUGAGGGAGUUUUCUGAAUAUUCUGCCCAAAAUUUUGAGUUUGAGAUUACACUGGUUAUAGAGAUAGGGCUAGUGGAAACUGGGGGAAAACAUACUUUAUUCAUGCAUUUUGAGAAAUUAACAAAUGUAAUACAAGCAUAAUAAAUAAUAAAAAUGAACAGUAGUUCACAGUAAUUAUGAUUGGCAUUCAAUAGCUUAUGCUUGUCAAUGAGGUCUAAAAUAUUACUACAUAUAAUACUGGCAGCAGUAAAGCAUGAACUAUCACAGGGGUUUUCAAAUCUGCAUCAAAUCAUGUUCUGUAUUUCUCCAAGUAUUUCUGAAAAUCUGUAAUUACCAACAAACCUAUGAUGAAGAAACACAGAUGAAAUAAAAGACUGUGGCUCAGGAUCCGCACAAAUGGAGUUAAAGCAGCUCAAAGAUGAUUUUCGUGCAUUUUUUAAAAGACUGGAACUUGAAAAGUACUACCCAAACAAGCUGACUCAGAGGUCUUUGCUGGAGAUCAACAGUGCCAGUGUAUCUGAUGAAGAGGUUCACUCACUACAAGCCUUACCAUGGGCUUUCCUACGCAAAUUACUGAUGGCUAAUUCAAAUUCAAGAUCUUUAUGUGUACCUGGUGAAAAUAAAGAAACAGAUGACAUGUUUGCUGAGCAGAGCUGUGAUGCUACUCCAAAUCUUCUAGAUCUCCACACUGCCCUCUUUGUCUGUGCAGACAGUUUCCUUCAGCAACAAAUAGCACUUAAAAUGUCAAUGUGCCAGUUUGCAAUACCAUUUCUGUUACCUCCUGGAGUACAUAAUCAAAGCACUCUUAUGUUAUGGGCUCUUAGAGGUAUCCUGAAAGAAUGGCGUCCACAUUCAAUGUCAGAAUCUAAAGGGUUUGUUGAGGACAGUGUUGUUCAUGCAAAAAUUCCCUUGAUAUCAUUUGUGAGGUUAAGCAACUGCAGUUUGUCCAAGUCACAGGUUUUGAACCAAGUGCUCAACAAGUCACAGCAGCACCAUGACUUCUUUUCACAUCGAGAAAUGAUCGGAGGAUCUGCUCGAAGGGUAAUCAGUAAUGGGAUGGUUGAAAUCUGCUGGAGUCUGCCAUGUGGAAACAAUAGUAUCGAUGUAUUUCCGGAACCAGUGGCUAUUGCUAAUUUAAGAGGAGAUGCUUUCACUUUUGUAACACACUUCAGUUUCCUUACUCAGGUGUCAACAGCUGUCUUUGUGUUCCUAGACAGUGUUGACAAAAAUGAGCAAAGGUUGUUUGCCUCUUUACAAGGAAUGAAAACCAAUAUCUUUCUUGUGGUUAAUUCUCAGAAAAAUAUGAGCCAGAAUGUGAAGUCUUCUAUCAAAGCAGCAGUUGAUACUCUGCAAUUGGAAAAAAAUCACACCAUUGUGAAAAGCCAAACAGUGAAUAUGGCUAAUUUCUCAAAUAUGAUCAGUUCUGCCAUUAACAAAGUGCUAAGUGAGAAUCACAGAUCAUCAAUCACAGAAAUUGAGAGUAUGAAGAAAAUUGCUCAGGAAUUUGGUCUUUGCAUUGAUGAAUGUGAAAACAGAGCCUGUGGAUCAGCAGAGGAAAAAGCAGAGAAAAUCAUGAAAAGUAUUGGAGUUCGUCAAAUAGUGGAAUAUAAAAAGACACGGCUGCCACUGCAAGGUGAAAAUUGGAAAAGACUGGCUCAGAUAGAAAAAGAGGAAUGCCGAUUACAACAACCAGGAGGGUUGACUUUGGAGGAGUAUAAGGUCAAACUUCAAAAAGACAAAGAUGAAAUUUGGAAGAAACAAAGCAACUAUAAAUUGACAGAAACAAUGGACAUCUUAAUAAAGGCAUUAUCAAACUCUGAUGACAUUGAGCGAGCCUUUUUUCUCAGAUGGCUGGGACUAAAACUGGACAUGCGAUCGCGCAAAGACAUGUCAAACCUACGGAAAGAAUAUACAAAGUGUGAACAACAAAAGGACAGAGAUGGUAUAGUUCGAAUAGACCAGGAGCUUCUUGAUUGUUCUCUUGGAAUAGAGCACUACAUGAGAGAGAUGGGACAAAUCUAUGAGGUUGCUUCAUUUGGUUCAUCUAAAAAGUCUGACAGAAUAAGCAGUCUCCCUACUCUGGCUGCCAAAAUGCUUAUAGCUGGGUUUCCUCUUGAACUACUUGAUGGAGAUGCAUCAAAUAUCCCAGAGAAAUGGGUGAGUGAUGUUCUCAUGGAGCUUCACAGGAUGGUUGGCCAGAAGAGCCGUUUGCUGGUUAUCACUGUGUUAGGGGUUCAGAGUACGGGUAAAUCAACACUACUCAACACUAUGUUUGGAGUUCAGUUUGCAGUGAGCAGUGGACGAUGCACACGUGGAGCAUUCAUGAUUUUCCUUCCUGUGGGUAAUGACUUGAAGGAGGAGUUACUUUGUGACUUUGUCCUUCUGAUUGAUACAGAGGGUUUGAAAUCACCAGCACUGGCACAACUGGAUGACAGUUAUGAACAUGACAAUGAGUUGGCCACAUUUGUGAUUGGUCUGAGUGAUGUAACCAUCAUUAAUGUAGCAAUGGAGAAUUCCACAGAGAUGAAGGACAUCUUACAAAUAGCAGUUCAUGCUUUUUUACGGAUGAAGGAAGUUGGUAAAAAAACAGUCUGCCACUUUGUCCACCAAAAUGUUGCUGGUGUAUCUGCAUAUGACAAAAACAUGACAGACCGAAAAAAGCUCCUGGACCAAUUAAAUGAGAUGACAGUGAUUGCGGCUGAAAUGGAAAAGCAGCCUAAUGUGAAGAAAUUCACAGAUGUAUUGGAUUAUGAUGUUGAAAAGAAUAACUGGUAUAUACCAGGUCUAUGGCAUGGAACACCACCAAUGGCACCAGUUAAUACAGGCUACAGCGUAGCUGUGUUGGAUUUUAAGAAAAACCUCUUGGAGAUGCUUAAAGUGAGAAAAGAUGAACAACCUUCCCAGAUCCCAGAGUUCCUGCAGUGGAUGAGUAGCUUGUGGAAGGCCGUGAAGUUUGAGAACUUCAUCUUUAGUUUCAGAAACACUCUUGUGGCCCAUGCCUAUGAUAACCUUUGCAGAGAGUUUUCUGAAUGGGAAUGGUCUUUCAGAAGACAUAUCCUCACUUUGUUUGCUAGUGCAGAAGUUCAAAUAUCUAACACUGAAAGCAGAAGUGUUCAUGAGGUUGUUGAGGCACUUCAAAAUAAUUCACAUAAAGAGAUUGCAGUUCAAACAAAAGAAAUUACUGACAAAUUGAAAGACUACUACAAAAGGAAAGAUCGUAAUGUGCAUUUAGUGGUAAAGUACAAAGCUGAUUUUUCCAAUAGCAUUAAAUCUCUGGAGAAUGAAAUGAAGCAGGAUGUUAAACAGAGAUUAUUUACUGCUGCUGAGAAGAGGAGAAACAAGGAGAAAGUUGAAGAGAUUCAAAAUAAGCAAGCUGCUAUGAUUGAGUGUAAAGUUCGGCAGUUACUGCAGAAUUACAAAGAUCGUAAUGAUGCGGUGUCUGAUGAGGACCUCAUGGCUGAUUUUGAGAGAAUGUGGAAUAGAGAAGUGGCAAACAUCACUGGUCUAAAAGAAAAAGAUGUUCCCGCUGAUGUUUUGAAGCAACUGCGAGCAAGUUUAGGAAAUCGCCAAGUCAUGGAGGAUUUGCAGAACGUUAAGAGUUUGACACAAUAUGGGCAAGAAGAUUUCAAGACCAAGAAAAGACAUUUAAACUUGGGGAAAAUUGAAAAAGUAAUUAAUAUUAUUAAAAAAAAAAGUCUAAAACAAGACCUACAGAUUGUUGCAGUUGAUGUCAUUAACAGUUGUAGAAGGAUGAUUGAACAGUUCACACAAUCCAAAAGUGAUUACCAAGAGACAUUUACAAAAGAUGUGCUUGAUAAAAUUGAUGAACACCUUAAUAAAGCAGGCUCCAAAUUCAAUACCAUAUUUGAAUUUGACCUGAAAUUGCACAUUUGUGGCAUUGCCUCUCGGAAAUUCACAGAGAUGCACAGGAAGUAUAUCACUGAGCAAGAUCCAUUAAAUCAUGUACAGAAAUUUAAGAGGCAGUAUCUCUCUGAUUUCAUUGAUUUGUACAGAAAGAGGGACCAGUGCCAGAGGAAAGCAAAAGACUUCACUCAGCUCUGUCUCAAACCAGCAGUGACUGAGUACAUCGACCAGUCCCUCGGACCUGACAUUGUUGAUGCAGUUUUGGAGUAUAAGUCUACUGAGUAUAGUUCACGAACGCUGUUUCAGUACACCAUCCUGAAGGAACUACUGGAAAAAUCCAACUUCAGUGACUUUGUAGAGUAUAUUUUGCAUUAUGAGAAUUAUGUCAAAGACUGGAUAUACAAUCACAUCAUUAAAUGUUUCUCCAAAGACAUAUCUUUGCAAGAAUUAAAAAUGAAGAAGCUGGACAGAGUAGUUAAAAAGAUCACUAACGCAAUAGAAACAUCUAAGCUGGAAGCCAAUGGGUCUCCUUUGCCCAGUAAUGCAGAAGGUACUACAGUUUUGGUCAAGAACCUUUGCAAAGCUUUGAGUGAUGUCAUCUCAAUAUCCAUGAGCACAGUGGAGAGGGUCCUGUUUCAGAACACAAGCUGUUGUGAACCAUUCACCAAAAGUCUCUAUGAAUGUAUUGAGGACCUGAAACAGCAAAUAGCAAAGGAGAUCUCAGAGUCCACUGAUACCACUGAGACCCUGAACAAUGUGCCAGUAAAACCCCAAGAUGAGCUUUUCAAGAGGGUGUUUGGUUGUGGAGUGCAGUGUCCAUUUUGCAAAACACCAUGUGAGGCAGGUGGGAAGGAACAUCAGCUACACCAUGCAGCUGUGCACAGACCAAAAGGACUGGGUAUGUACAGAUCUGUAAAGACUAAUAUCCUUUCUGAAGAGAUUUGUACAUCUAGUGUUCAUGGCAAUGGGAUGUUUCGAAACCAUAAAACAAAUUACCAAAGUCAUCCGUAUAAAGACUACCGGAAAUACCACCCAGAUUGGCAUAUUGCACCUGACAUGUCUAUAGAGGCCUCAGAUUACUGGAAGUAUGUGCUGGUGACAUUCAAUAAGCAAUUUGCUGAACGGUAUAAAGCAUUGCCAGCUGUGUAUCCAGAUGCGUGGAAUGGAAUCACUAAAGAUCAGGCUUUUAUUAGUCUGAAGCAGAUGUUUAAUAUUCAAUAAUGGAUGACCUGCAAAAUAUAUAUUGCCAUUUGUGAAGAGGACAACUCCAUCACUCACAGUUCCAUCACUAAUGUUAUCACUCAGGUGAAUCAGGAACUGGAGCGCUAAUUAUGUCUUACAAUUGAACUUCUACUGACUUACUAUUAUCUAAAUAUAGAAUCAAUUUUACUAAAAGUUAUUUUCGGGGAUUUAAAUGGUUUCUUUUAAACAUUAUAUCUGUAUGUCUACAAUGAUAAACAAUUUUUAAAAGUGUAGUUAGGCUUGUUAUAACAUUUUGGUGAUUGGAUUAUUUCUGUGUUUGUGAUGUUAAUUCAAAUGUUACAAUUAUGUUUAAUAAUCACUUGGUUACAGUUGUUACAAAUCUUUGUUAUAAAUGUUACAGUUAUGUUUAUUAAUUACUUUCUGAAAUUAAAAUGAAUGGAUUAUUCAGAACAUAUUGUAUGAAUGUAUGAGUAUAUUCAUAAACUGAAUAAACAAUUCAUACCAUAAAUAUAUCAAUCUGUCAAUCCAAAUUGGUUGCAAGGACAAAUUUUAUUGCAGUAUGAAUUACAAAUAAACGAAUACAUAAUACAAUAAA